GUUACACGGCACGGCUACACCGAAUAUGUUCUCCAUUCCUAUACAGUAUAGUCAAACAUGGCGAACUCCAUUCCAGUUCCAACGAAUAAAUGUCGUCGGACACAUGCACAAGCACUGUAAUAUACACUACAGCGGAGAAGCCAACCAACCCGAGAGAAGAGAGAGAUCAAAGUGAAUAACUCUUCUAAUUCUCCCAUGGCACAGAAGAAUUAUAGCGGCCUCAUGAUCGACCCAAGAAGUGGCUUUUGCAGAUCCAACUCUACAUUCUACAGCAAACGCAAUUCAAUUCCUUUACCAUCCAAUGAAUCUCUCGACGUCACCACUUUCAUCUCGUCUCGUGCCCACCAUGGCAAGACGGCCUUCAUCGAUGCAACCACCGGUCGCCGCCUCAGCUUCACGGAGGUAUGGAGAGCUGUCGAUUCGGUCGCUUCUUGCCUCUCCGACAUCGGGAUUCGCAAAGGUCAUGUUGUCCUCCUCCUCUCUCCUAACUCCAUUUUCUUCCCCAUCGUUUGCCUCUCCGUCAUGUCCCUCGGCGCCAUCAUCACCACUACUAACCCUCUCAAUACUACUCGGGAAAUCUCCAAACAAAUCGCUGAUUCAAAACCUGUUCUCGCUUUCACUAUUCCCCAACUUAUCCCCAAAAUCGGCCACUCAAACCUCCCCAUCGUACUCAUCGGCGAGGAUCUUCAUUCAAUUCCUCCCGAUUCCACUUCCAAUUCCAGAAUCGUGACAACAUUAGAAUCCAUGAUGAAAAAGGAACCGAGUAAGAGCAGCCGAAUCAAGGAGCGGGUGACUCAGGAUGACACGGCAACGCUACUUUACUCUUCUGGUACUACCGGGGCGAGUAAAGGAGUAGUAUCGUCUCAUAAAAACCUCAUAGCCAUGGUUCAAACUGUUGUAAGCCGGUUUCGAUUGGAGGAAGGAGAGCAAACUUUUAUAUGCACCGUCCCGAUGUUUCACAUCUACGGAUUAGCAGCUUUUGCGACGGGAUUGCUUGCAUCAGGAUCCACGGUGGUGGUUCUUUCCAAAUUUGAGAUUGACGAAAUGCUUUUGGCAAUUGGCAAAUAUUCUGCAACCUACCUACCUCUCGUGCCACCAAUACUGGUGGCAUUAGUAAAUAACGCCGAUCAUAUAAAGAAAAAGUACAAUUUGAGAACACUUCACUCUGUUUUGUCUGGUGGUGCGCCGUUGGGGAAAGAUCUGAUUGAGGGGUUUGUGGAGAAGUAUUCGACGGUGACGAUUUUGCAGGGGUAUGGGUUGACUGAAUCCACGGGCAUCGGGGCUUCGACGGACUCACUGGAGGAGAGUCGACGGUAUGGAACAGCGGGACUGUUGUCGCCGAGCAUGGAGGCUAGGAUUGUUGAUCCGGAGAGCGGAGAGGUGUUGCCGGUUAAUCGGACGGGUGAGCUUUGGCUGAGAGGUCCCACAAUUAUGAAAGGUUAUUUUAGCAAUGAAGAAGCAACUGCAUCAACUUUGGAUUCAGAUGGAUGGUUAAGAACUGGAGAUCUCUGCUAUAUUGAUGACGAUGGAUUCAUCUUUGUGGUUGAUAGGUUGAAGGAGCUAAUCAAAUACAAGGGCUACCAGGUUCCUCCGGCAGAGCUAGAGGCUUUGUUACUCACUCACCCAGAAAUUGCUGAUGCUGCUGUUAUACCAUUUCCAGAUAAAGAAGUUGGGCAAUAUCCCAUGGCAUAUGUGGUACGAAAAACAGGAAACAAUUUGUCAGACACUGCGGUCAUGGACUACAUUGCUAAACAGGUUGCUCCAUACAAACGAAUCCGGCGAGUAGCAUUUGUAGCUUCCAUCCCCAAGAAUCCAUCAGGCAAGAUACUCAGGAAGGAUCUGGUAAAACUUGCAACCUCCAAACUUUGAAAGGGCUUGAGUUUUCGCUUAGGAAGGAGAGAGGACAAUAUUGUAUAGUUUGGCUGUGCGUUUCAAAUCCAUAUAAAGUAGCAACUGUAUUUCUUGCUUGUGUUUUAUGAUCCUGGUUGUUGUUGAGCAUCUUUUUCAACCCCCAUGUAGUCAUGUUGCGUACAAAUAUGAUGAAGUUCUUGAGAUAGUCAACGAUAAAUAAAGCAUGAAGAA